AUGUCGAGAGAGAAUAGAGAAGCUGGUGCAGAAGCUUUUCUCGAUGAAGAUGAAAAGCUCGAUUGCUUUGUUGGCUUCUUGAAGACUUGGAAGAACGAAACGUCAUCGUAUCAUGUUUUGAGAAGAUGUUGUACCGUUUCAUCCAACAAUGAUGACAACGGUAAACGGCUACUGAGCUGGACAGUUCCAGGAUGCCUAUCAAGGACGUGGGACGAAAUUUUACUGUCUCAUCUCCUCUGUGAUAGAAACCCGAUGAUCCUGAUUCUACCUGAUGUUGAUAUAAUGAGAAUUAAAAUGGGAAAUGGGGGCUAG